GGGGGAGGAGGGAGCUGCUCCCGGGCCUCGGGGACCCGCCUUCCCGGCCCUGCGCCGCGGCCGCCAGCGGGAGGCUGGGAGUGGGGUGCCUCCUGGAACUUACUCGUCGGACGGGAACUGUUUCCCUGUCCCCUCCGUAACAGCAACCUCCCCCCCACACCCUAAAACAAAACCUAGCCUCUUUAACAUAUAUCUAAUCUUCCAAUAGGGUUUGGCGUUGUUGUCAGCCUCGGGGAGAGAGAUUGGACAAAUAAUUCUCCAGGCGGAGGAGGGCGACGCCAAGGACUUACCACCUCCACCGCUUUUGGGGUUUUCCACAAGUUGGAAGAGAGACCCCUUCCGUUUUGCGCUGCGUGCGUUGUGCUGAUUACUCGCGCGGGGACUGCUGUCCCAGGGUGACUCCGCGUCGUCCUUUCUCGAGAACUAGCAAUGGCUAGCGAGGACAAUCGUGUCCCUUCCCCGCCACCAACAGGUGAUGACGGGGGAGGUGGAGGGAAAGAAGAAACCCCUGCCGAAGGGGGGGCCUUGUCUCUGACACCGGGGCUCCCCAUCAGGGGCAUCAGAAUGAAAUUCGCUGUGUUGACCGGUCUGGUGGAAGUCGGAGAAGUAUCCAACAGGGACAUUGUAGAAACUGUCUUUAACCUGCUGGUAGGAGGACAGUUUGAUUUGGAAAUGAACUUCAUUAUCCAAGAGGGUGAGAGUAUCACCUGCAUGGUAGAGCUCCUGGAAAAAUGCGACGUUACCUGCCAAGCAGAAGUCUGGAGCAUGUUCACAGCCAUCCUCAAGAAAAGCAUACGGAAUCUUCAAGUCUGCACGGAAGUAGGCCUUGUCGAAAAGGUGCUUGGGAAGAUUGAACAGGCCGACAAUAUGAUAGCAGAUCUUUUAGUUGACAUGUUGGGCGUGCUGGCUAGCUAUAAUUUGACAGUUCGAGAACUAAAGCUGUUCUUCAGUAAACUUCAAGGAGAUAAAGGACAGUGGCCUCCACACGCGGGGAAGCUGCUGACGGUGUUAAAGCACAUGCCUCAGAAGUACGGUCCUGACGCCUUUUUCAACUUCCCAGGCAAGAGCGCUGCCGCUAUCGCGUUACCUCCUAUAGCCAAGUGGCCGUACCAGAAUGGUUUUACGUUUCAUACCUGGCUUAGACUGGACCCUGUGAAUAACAUCAACGUGGAUAAGGAUAAACCGUAUUUGUAUUGUUUCAGAACCAGCAAAGGGCUUGGUUAUUCUGCUCAUUUUGUUGGAGGCUGUUUGAUUAUAACAUCAAUAAAGUCCAAAGGAAAAGGCUUUCAACACUGCGUAAAAUUUGACUUCAAGCCGCAAAAGUGGUACAUGGUCACGAUAGUGCACAUCUACAACCGCUGGAAGAACAGUGAGCUGCGGUGUUACGUCAACGGUGAACUGGCUUCCUAUGGAGAGAUCACGUGGUUUGUCAACACCAGUGAUACCUUCGACAAAUGUUUCCUGGGCUCGUCAGAAACCGCAGAUGCAAAUCGAGUGUUCUGUGGUCAGAUGACUGCAGUUUACCUGUUCAGUGAAGCUCUUAACGCAGCCCAGAUUUUUGCUAUUUAUCAGCUGGGCCUGGGAUACAAGGGUACAUUUAAAUUCAAAGCUGAAAGCGAUCUUUUUCUUGCCGAGCAUCACAAACUUCUGCUCUAUGAUGGCAAGCUCUCCAGUGCCAUUGCGUUCACGUACAACCCACGGGCCACAGAUGCCCAGCUUUGCCUCGAGUCGUCUCCGAAGGACAACCCUUCCAUUUUCGUUCAUUCGCCGCACGCCCUCAUGCUCCAGGAUGUGAAGGCGGUCCUAACGCAUUCCAUCCAGAGCGCUAUGCAUUCAAUUGGAGGCGUUCAAGUGCUGUUCCCACUUUUUGCACAGCUGGACUACAGGCAAUACUCAUCCGAUGAGGUUGACUUGACUAUCUGUUCAACCUUGCUGUCUUUUAUCAUGGAGCUGUUGAAGAACUCGAUCGCUAUGCAGGAGCAGAUGCUCGCCUGCAAGGGCUUCUUGGUAAUAGGAUAUAGCCUUGAAAAGUCUUCCAAAUCCCAUGUCAGCAGAGCUGUCCUUGAACUUUGCCUUGCAUUUUCAAAAUACCUGAGUAACCUGCAGAAUGGGAUGCCCCUGCUCAAGCAGUUGUGUGAUCACAUUCUUCUUAAUCCUGCCAUAUGGAUUCAUACCCCAGCCAAGGUGCAGUUGAUGCUGUACACCUACCUGUCUACGGAAUUCAUCGGCACCGUGAACAUCUACAACGCCAUCCGGAGAGUCGGCACGGUGCUUCUCAUCAUGCACACGCUCAAGUACUACUACUGGGCAGUGAACCCCCAGGAUCGCAGCGGCAUCACCCCCAAAGGGUUAGAUGGACCACGACCUAAUCAGAAAGAAAUGCUGUCUCUCCGCGCCUUCUUGUUGAUGUUCAUUAAACAGCUGGUGAUGAAGGAUUCUGGAGUAAAGGAAGAUGAACUACAAGCCAUUCUUAAUUAUCUACUGACUAUGCAUGAGGAUGACAAUCUAAUGGAUGUCCUUCAGCUGCUUGUCGCAUUGAUGUCUGAACACCCUAACUCUAUGAUUCCUGCCUUCGACCAAAGGAACGGGCUACGGGUUAUCUACAAACUUCUGGCAUCCAAAAGCGAAGGAAUCCGAGUGCAAGCUCUCAAGGCCAUGGGCUAUUUUUUAAAACAUCUGGCCCCAAAGAGAAAGGCUGAAAUCAUGCUUGGGCAUGGAUUGUUUUCACUGCUAGCUGAAAGGCUCAUGCUUCAGACGAAUUUAAUCACCAUGACUACAUACAAUGUCCUGUUCGAGAUUCUUAUAGAACAGAUUUGUACUCAGGUGAUACAUAAACAGCAUCCAGAUCCCGAUUCGACUGUAAAGAUACAAAACCCGCAGAUACUAAAAGUCAUUGCGACCCUACUUCGCAAUUCUCCCCAGUGCCCAGAGAGCAUGGAGGUUCGCCGAGCCUUUCUCUCUGACAUGAUUAAACUUUUUAAUAACAGCAGAGAAAACAGGAGGAGCUUGCUCCAGUGCUCUGUGUGGCAAGAGUGGAUGCUUUCUCUCUGCUAUUUCAGUCCCAAGAAUUCAGACGAGCAAAAGAUAACAGAAAUGGUGUAUGCGAUAUUCAGAAUCCUACUUUACCACGCAGUCAAGUACGAAUGGGGCGGCUGGCGUGUGUGGGUGGACACCUUAUCCAUCACGCAUUCAAAGGUCACUUUUGAAAUACACAAAGCAAACCUUGCCAGCAUAUUUCGGGAACAGCAGGGAAAACUCGAUGAAGACAUAGGGCCGUGCUCUUCAAGUCCAGUUGGAGCAGUCUCCGGCAUUAGCAGGGACGUUACCGUUUCAGAAGGGUCCCGGCCUUCAGAUACGCAGGAUUCUCCCGCCCACCCUCAUUGCCCCGGACAGAAGGAUGAAACCCCCGGCACGGAGGUAACGGGUUCAGUCGAAUCUACAUCUAACCCCGGACCGCAGACCCACGAUACAGCUCACGGAGGGGAAACCGAGCCGGAGUGUCAGGCGGUACCCGAUGAAGUCCCUUUAGAAGAGACACUGACAAACGCGGGCGACUCAGAAGUCACUUCUGACCCAAUAGAAGCAGUGACCGUCUUGUCUAAUUCUUUAAAAAAAGGCGAGAAGGACACAGCGACCAUCAGUGAAGUGACUGCCACCCUCAGUUCUCCUUCCGAGGAGGAUGCUUCCGAGAUGCCGGAAUUCCUGGACAGGUCUCUAGCGGAAGACGAGGACGAGGAUGACUAUGUGGAAGUGAAGGUAGGAGGUAGCCCUCCGGAGGAGGCCAGUCCACCCGCAGAGCUCCGAGAUAAUGGCUUGUCUCCAGCCGUCUCCGAAGCCAGCGAAAGACUGGACAUCGUCAGUGCUGACCACAGAGCGGUAUGUCACGAGGAACACGCUCAGACAGGACAGCAAGCUGGCCCUGACGCACAAGCUUCUAAAGACUCUGGCACCCUGGCUGCCACCGCAUCCGGGUCCUCAGCUACCUCACCAGAAACUGCUGUCUCCCCAACUGUGCAGUCAGACAUCGGUCAGAUGCCGGAGGGAGGGAAGAAAGGCACCAGAGAAAGCAGGUUACCCAGCAAUGGUCAUGGACACGUCGGGGAGGCGGCUGCUCUUUCUGAGCCCAGAAUUGCCAAGUUGGAUGUUUCCAGUGUUGCUACAGAUACCGAGAGGCUAGAGCUGAAGGCCAGCACGAGUGUGGAAGCGCCUCAGCCUCCCCGACAAGGGCCCGAGAUGCCAAGGCAACAGGAGCAGCCGGGGCAAGGAACAGCACCAGACUCAGCUGGUGGACAAAGGAGAGAUUCCAGACCCGCCAUGUUUCGUAUUCCCGAGUUCAAGUGGUCUCCCAUGCACCAGCGUCUGCUCACGGACCUCUUGUUUUCAAUAGAAACAGAUAUACAGAUGUGGAGAAGCCAUUCAACAAAGACAGUUAUGGACUUCGUGAAUAGCAGUGAUAAUGUCAUCUUUGUACACAACACAAUUCAUCUCAUCUCUCAAGUGACGGACAAUAUGGUCAUGGCUUGUGGGGGGAUACUGCCAUUGCUUUCCGCUGCUACGUCGGCUACACAUGAACUGGAGAAUAUCGAACCUACACAAGGCCUUUCCAUAGAAGCCUCUGUGACGUUCUUGCAGAGGCUGAUUAGCCUCGUGGAUGUGCUCAUAUUCGCAAGUUCUCUCGGCUUUACCGAAAUCGAAGCUGAAAAGAACAUGUCAUCUGGAGGAAUUUUGCGCCAGUGCCUGCGACUGGUGUGUGCAGUGGCAGUAAGGAAUUGCUUAGAGUGUCAGCAACAUUCCCGACUGAGAACCAGGGGCGAUUCCACCAACAGCUUAAAAACAAUACACAGCCUGAUUCCCAUGGCAAAAUCUGCAGCCAAGAGUCCGGUGGACCUUGUGACUGGCGGAAUAUCUCCAGUAAGAGAUCUCGACAGGCUCCUACAAGACAUGGAUAUUAAUCGGCUGAGGGCAGUUGUUUUCAGAGACAUAGAGGACAGCAAGCAAGCUCAGUUCUUGGCCCUGGCUGUGGUGUACUUCAUCUCUGUCCUCAUGGUCUCCAAGUACAGAGACAUCCUGGAGCCCCAGAACGAAAGGCACGGCCCGACAUGUAAGGAAACCGCCAGUGAAAACGGGAGCGCGUCGCUCUCUGAUGUAGACAACACGGCGGCCGCGCUCAGCCCCGCCACGCCUGCGUCAGUGGCCGAGGGCGCGUCCGGAGGAGAGACGCGGAGGAGAGACUCGGGCAUUGGGGACGAGCCCGCGUGCAGCCCGGCCGGCGGGGUGGAUGUGACUUCGCAGACGGCGCCCCCGCGGGUCAGCGCAGGCCCGGAUGCCAUCAGCGAGGUGCUGUGUACUCUUUCCUUAGAAGUCAAUAAAUCUCAGGAAUCCAAGAACGACGGAGGCGAUGAGUCGGAUAAAAAGGCUACCCCAGCAGUUCCAGUUUCAAAAAACGUCAACGUGAAGGAUAUUCUCCGCAGCUUGGUGAAUAUACCGGCUGACGGCGUCACCGUGGACCCUGCCCUGCUGCCACCAGCCUGCCUCGGCGCCCUGGGCGAUCUGUCUGCGGAGCAGCCCGUGCAGUUCCGGUCGUUCGACAGAAGUGUCGUCAUUGCUACAAAAAAAUCAGCGGUCCUACCUUCCACACCGACGACAAGUAUUCCUACGAAUGCCGUCAGUGUGGUGUCUUCCGUAGAUUCUGCCCAAGCCUCAGAUGUGGGAGGAGAAUCACCAGGCAAUCGAUCAUCUAAUGCAAAGUUGCCCUCAGUUCCAACCGUCGGUUCAGUUCCACAAGACCCAGAUUCAAAUAUGAGUAUUACAGAGAGGCUCGAGCAGGCUCUGGAAAAGGCAGCUCCUCUUCUGCGGGAGAUUUUUGUGGAUUUUGCACCUUUUCUUUCUCGGACACUUCUGGGUAGCCAUGGACAAGAACUGCUUAUAGAGGGAACAAGUCUUGUUUGCAUGAAGUCUAGUAGUUCCGUUGUGGAAUUGGUUAUGCUACUGUGUUCUCAGGAGUGGCAGAAUUCUAUUCAGAAGAACGCCGGCCUUGCGUUCAUUGAACUCGUCAACGAGGGAAGGUUGCUUAGCCAAACAAUGAAGGAUCAUCUCGUAAGAGUAGCGAACGAAGCUGAAUUUAUCCUGAGCAGACAGAGAGCAGAAGAUAUUCAUAGACAUGCAGAAUUUGAGUCCCUGUGUGCCCAGUAUUCCGCAGACAAGCGGGAGGAUGAGAAGAUGUGUGAUCAUCUGAUAAGAGCAGCUAAAUAUCGAGACCAUGUGACAGCCACUCAGCUAAUCCAGAAAAUCAUCCACAUCCUCACAGACAAGCAUGGAGCCUGGGGAAGUUCUGCCGUGAG